GCUGCUGCUGCAUUGUGGGAAGCGGCCGCCUGAGCCGGACCCACCUCACUCUCCGCCGCCGUCGCCGCCACCGCCCAGACCGACUUCUACAUCAGCCGCUGCCGCCAUCGCCAUGGGAGCUGUUACCGACGAUGAAGUUAUUCGAAAGCGACUUUUAAUUGAUGGAGAUGGCGCAGGUGACGACAGACGAAUUAAUUUGUUGGUGAAGAGUUUCAUCAAGUGGUGUAACUCUGGAUCUCAAGAAGAAGGCUAUACCCAGUACCAAAGGAUGCUGAGCACUCUGUCACAAUGUGAAUUUUCAAUGGGCAAAACCUUACUUGUGUACGAUAUGAACCUCAGAGAAAUGGAAAACUAUGAAAAAAUUUACAAAGACAUAGAAAAUAGUAUUGCUGCAGCACAUGAAAAAAUUGCUGAAUGCAAAAAGCAGAUUCUUCAGGCAAAAAGAAUACGAAAAAAUCGCCAAGAAUAUGAUGCUUUGGCUAAAGUAAUACAGCAUCAUCCAGAUAGGCAUGAAACACUGAAGCAGUUAGAAGCUCUAGGAAAAGAACUGCAACAUCUUUCUCACAUCAAAGAAAAUGUUGAAGAUAAACUGGAGUUGAGACGAAAGCAAUUUCAUGUUCUUCUGAGCACCAUCCAUGAACUUCAGCAAACACUGGAAAAUGAUGAAAAGCUUUCAGAUGCAGAAGAAUCCUCAGAUACUCCAAUGGAAGCAGAAGAUAAGCAAUAGAUGGGCUCUGGAUGUAAUCACUUGGAACAUUUUUUUCUGAAAAAUAUGAAUAUAUAAGGAUUUUUUUGUUUGUGUCCAAAAGAGAAACUAAAUAAUGCUUGCAUUGGUAGGAAUUUGUCUUUGAAAUACCCUUUUACUUUUUUAUACAAAAAGUUCUUAGAAUUGCUGUAAUAAAGUUUUGGAUUUUCA